GCCAAUAUUUUAUUUCACAAAAAGUUGUACUACUGAACUAGCACUUUUUUCCGACUACAUAACGAAGUUCUCUGUUCUUAAAACUCAAACACCCUUGAUGGCAUACAGCACAUUUCACAUAGCUUCACAUACAUCUCAUAAUAAAGUGUGUCUACAUAUAGUAGAUAGGGUCGCCUCUGUAUUCUACCGGAUCCCUCCAAAAUGAAGGUAAGACUGGGUCUCGCGUUUGCUGUAAUUGCGGGAUUGGUAGCAGUUCCGAUGGCCGAGUCACAUGCACGACCUCCAUUGAAAAAUGGGCACACACAUGAACAAAAAAAUAGGAGUUGCAUACGAACAAACGAACGGAUAGGUUGUGUUCGACAAAACAGACCUUGUUCUCGGAAUGUUCUAGGAAUUAUUGGAGUUUCUACGAGGACACACAUAAACAAAAAAAAUAUCAAAAUGAAAAAAAAAGAAAAGUUUUCGAAAAAACGGAGAGGAGCCAUAAAAAGCAAAGAUACUGAGAUAUUCCUGACAACAGGAAAUACGACUCUAUUGGUAGGUGAGACAAUGGCAGUCGCGGAAGCUCUGCCAGGUACGACACCAUCUCCGGAUAAUACGACUCCAGCCCAGACCAUGUCGCUAGUUAUGACGACACCUUCUACAACUCCGCGUUCGGGUACGAGUGAUCGAGCCAUGACCUUGUUUCCCGGUACUACUAUACCAGACACGACCUCAUCUUCCAGAACGACUACUCCAGGCACGACCUCGUCUUCCAGUACGACUACUCCAGGCACGAUCGCGUCGCCUGACCUGAUAACAGCUUCUACGAUCUCAUUUUCCGGUACGACUUCUUCAGGCACGACCGCGUUACCCAGACGGACGACACCUUCUACGGCCUCGUCUUCCAGUACGACUUCUUCAGCCAUGACCGCGUCACCCGGACGAACGACAUCUUCUACGACCUCGUCUUCCGAUACGACUACUCCAGCCACGACUGCGUCGUCCAACCUGACGACACCUUCCACGACCUUGUCUACCGGUACGAUUACUCGAGCCACGACCUCGUCUUUCGGUACGACUACUGCCACGACCACGUCACCCGACCUGACGACACCUUCCACGACCUUAUUUUCCGGUACGACUACUCCAGCCACGACCUCGUCCUCCAGUACGACUUCUCCAGACACGACCGCCUCACCCGGAGGGACGACACCUUUUACGACCUCGUCACCCCGACGCACGAAACCUAACACGACCUCGUCUUCCGGUACGCCUAGUCUAGCCACGACCGCGUCUUCCGGUAGGACUACUCCACGCACGACCGCUUCGCCCGACCUGAUGACACCUUCUACGAACUCGUCUUUCGAUACGACUACCCCAGAUACGACCGCGUCUUCCGGUACUACACCAGCAACGACUGAGUCACUCGACCUGACGACACCUUCUAUGACCGCGUCUUCCGGUACGAGUACUGUAGCCACGACCGCAUCAUCCGACCUGCCGACACGUUCUACGAACUCGUCUUCCGGUACGAGUACUGUAGCUGCGAUCGCGUCAGCCGACCUGACGAUACCUUCUACGACCUCUCCUUCCGAUACGACUUCUUCAGCCACGACCGCGUCUUCCGGUACAAGUACUCCAGGCACGACCGCUUCGCCCGACCUGAUGACACCUUCUACGAACUCGUCUUUCGGUACGACUACUCCAGAUACGACCGCGUCUUCCGGUACUACUCCAGCCACGACCGCGUCACUCGACCUGACAACACCUUCUACGACCUCGUCUUCCGGUACGACUACCCCAGCAUUGACUUUGUCUCUUGAUCUGACCACAGCUUCUACGACCUCGUCUUCCGGUACGAGUACUUUAGCUGCGACCGCGUCAGCCGACCCGACGACACCUUCUACGACCCCUCCUGCCGAUACGACUUCUUCAGCCACGACCGCGUCUUCCGGUACGACUACUCCAGGCACGACCGCUUCGCCCGACCUGAUGACUCCUUCUACGAACUCGUCUUUCGAUACGACUACCCCAGAUACGACCGCGUCUUCCGGUACUACACCAGCAACGACUGAGUCACUCGACCUGACGACACCUUCUACGAACUCAUCUUCCGGUACGACUACCCCAGCAUCGACUUUGUCUCGUGAUCUGACCACAGCUUCUACGACCACGUCUUCCGGUACGAGUACUGUAGCCACGAACGCGUCAGCCGUCCUGACGACACCUUCUACGACCUCUCCUUCCGGUACGAUUUUUUCAGCCACGACCUCGUCUUCCGGUACGACUUCUUCAGGCCCAACCGCGUCUUCCGGUACAACUACUCCAGGCACGACCGCAUCACCCGACCUGAUGACACUUUUUGCGAACUCGUCUUUCGGCACGCCUACUCCAGAUACGACCGCGUCUUCCGGUACUACUCAAGCUACGAUCGUCUCAAUCGACGUGAGGACAAGCUUUACGAACUCGUCAUCCGGUGCGACUACCCCAGCAUCGACUUUGUCUCGUGACCUGACCACUGCUUCUACGACCUCGUCUUCCGGUACGAGUACUGUAGCCACGACCGCGUCAGCCGUCCUGACGACACCUUCUACGACCUCUCCUUCCGAUACGACUUCUUCAGCCACGACCGCAUCUUCCGGUACGACUACUCCAGGCACGACCGCUUCGCCCGACCUGAUGACACCUUCUACGAACUCGUCUUUCGAUACGACUACCCCAGAUACGACCGCGUCUUCCGGUACUACACCAGCAACGACUGAGUCACUCGACCUGACCACACCUUCUAUGACCGCGUCUUCCGGUACGAGUACUGUAGCCACGACCGCAUUACCCGACCUGCCGACACGUUCUACGGACUCGUCUUCCGGUACGAGUACUGUAACUGCGACCGCGUCAGCCGACCUGACGGCACCUUCUACGACCUCUCCUUCCGAUACGACUUCUUCAGCCACGACCGCGUCUUCCGGUACGAGUACUCCAGGCACGACCGCUUCGCCCGACCUGAUGACACCUUCUACGAACUCGUCUUUCGAUACGACUACCCCAGAUACGACCGCGUCUUCCGGUACUACACCAGCAACGACUGAGUCACUCGACCUGACCACACCUUAUACGAACUCAUCUUUCGGUACGACUACCCCAGCAUCGACUUUGUCUCGUGACCUGACCACAGCUUCUACGACCUCGUCUUCCGGUACGAGUACUUUAGCUGCGACCGCGUCAGCCGACCCGACGACACCUUCUACGACCCCUCCUUCCGAUACGACUUCUUCAGCCACGACCGCGUCUUCCGGUACGACUACUCCAGGCACGACCGCUUCGCCCGACCUGAUGACACAUUCUACGAACUCGUCUUUCGAUACGACUACCCCAGAUACGACCGCGUCUUCCGGUACUACACCAGCAACGACUGAGUCACUCGACCUGACGACAUCUUCUACGAACUCAUCUUCCGGUACGACUACCCCAGCAUCGACUUUGUCUCGUGAUCUGACCACAGCUUCUACGACCUCGUCUUCCGGUACGAGUACUUUAGCUGCGACCGCGUCAGCCGACCCGACGACACCUUCUACGACCCCUCCUUCCGAUACGACUUCUUCAGCCACGACCGCGUCUUCCGGUACGACUACUCCAGGCACGACCGCUUCGCCCGACCUAAUGACACAUUCUACGAACUCGUCUAUCGAUACGACUACCCCAGAUACGACCGCGUCUUCCGGUACUACACCAGCAACGACUGAGUCACUCGACCUGACGACACCUUCUACGAACUCGUCUUUCGAUACGACUACCCCAGAUACGACCGCGUCUUCCGGUACUACACCAGCAACGACUGAGUCACUCGACCUGACCACACCUUCUAUGACCGCGUCUUCCGGUACGAGUACUGUAGCCACGACCGCAUCACCCGACCUGCCGACACGUUCUACGGACUCGUCUUCCGGUACGAGUACUGUAACUGCGACCGCGUCAGCCGACCCGACGACACCUUCUACGAACCCUCCUUCCGAUACGACUUCUUCAGCCACGACCGCGUCUUCCGGUACGACUACUCCAGGCACGACCGCUUCGCCCGACCUGAUGACACAUUCUACGAACUCGUCUUUCGAUACGACUACCCCAGAUACGACCGCGUCUUCCGGUACUACACCAGCAACGACUGAGUCACUUGACCUGACGACACCUUCUACGAACUCAUCUUCCGGUACGACUAACCCAGCAUCGACUUUGUCUCGUGAUCUGACCACAGCUUCUACGACCUCGUCUUCCGGUACGAGUACUGUAGCCACGACCGCGUCAGCCGUCCUGACGACACCUUCUACGACCUCUCCUUCCGGUACGAUUUCUUCAGCCACCACCUUGUCUUCCGGUACGACUUCUUCAGGCCCAACCGCGUCUUCCGGUACAACUACUCCAGGCACGACCGCAUCAACCGACCUGAUGACACUUUUAGCGAACUCGUCUUUCGGCACGCCUACUCCAGAUACGACCGCGUCUUCCGGUACUACUCCAGCUACGAUCGUCUCAAUCGACGUGAGGACAAGCUUUACGAACUCGUCAUCCGGUGCGACUACCCCAGCAUCGACUUUGUCUCGUGACCUGACCACUGCUUCUACGACCUCGUCUUCCGGUACGAGUACUGUAGCCACGACCGCGUCAGCCGUCCUGACGACACCUUCUACGACCUCUCCUUCCGAUACGACUUCUUCAGCCACGACCGCGUCUUCCGGUACGACUACUCCAGGCACGACCGCUUCGCCCGACCUGAUGACACCUUCUACGAACUCGUCUUUCGAUACGACUACCCCAGAUACGACCGCGUCUUCCGGUACUACACCAGCAACGACUGAGUCACUCGACCUGACCACACCUUCUAUGACCGCGUCUUCCGGUACGAGUACUGUAGCCACGACCGCAUCACCUGACCUGCCGACACGUUCUACGAACUCGUCUUCCGGUACGAGUACUGUAGCUGCAACCGCGUCAGCCGACCUGACGACACCUUCUACGACCUCUCCUUCCGAUACGACUUCUUCAGCCACGACCGCGUCUUCCGGUACGACUACUCCAGGCACGACCGCUUCGCCCGACCUGAUGACACCUUCUACGAACUCGUCUUUCGAUACGACUACCCCAGAUACGACCGCGUCUUCCGGUACUACACCAGCAACGACUGAGUCACUCGACCUGACCACACCUUCUAUGACCGCGUCUUCAGGUACGAGUAGUGUAGCCACGACCGCAUCACCCGACCUGCCGACACGUUCUACGGACUCGUCUUCCGGUACGAGUACUGUAACUGCGACCGCGUCAGCCGACCUGACGGCACCUUCUACGACCUCUCCUUCCGAUACGACUUCUUCAGCCACGACCGCGUCGUCCGGUACGACUACUCCAGGCACGACCGCUUCGCCCGACCUGAUGACACCUUCUACGAACUCGUCUUUCGAUACGACUACCCCAGAUACGACCGCGUCUUUCGGUACUACACCAGCAUCGACUGAGUCACUCGACCUGACGACACCUUCUACGAACUCAUCUUCCGGUACGACUACCCCAGCAUCGACUUUGUCUCGUGAUCUGACCACAGCUUCUACGACCUCGUCUUCCGGUACGAGUACUGUAGCCACGACCGCGUCAGCCGUCCUGACGACACCUUCUACGACCUCUCCUUCCGGUACGAUUUCUUCAACCACCACCUCGUCUUCCGGUACGACUUCUUCAGGCCCAACCGCGUCUUCCGGUACAACUACUCCAGGCACGACCGCAUCACCCGACCUGAUGACACUUUUUGCGAACUCGUCUUUCGGCACGCCUACUCCAGAUACGACCGCGUCUUCCGGUACUACUCCAGCUACGAUCGUAUCAAUCGACGUGAGGACAAGCUUUACGAACUCGUCAUCCGGUGCGACUACCCCAGCAUCGACUUUGUCUCGUGAUCUGACCACAGCUUCUACGACCUCGUCUUCCGGUACGAGUACUUUAGCUGCGACCGCGUCAGCAGACCCGACGACACCUUCUACGACCCCUCCUUCCGAUACGACUUCUUCAGCCACGACCGCGUCUUCCGGUACGACUACUCCAGGCACGACUGCUUCGCCCGACCUGAUGACACCUUCUACGAGCUCGUCUUUCGAUACGACUACCCCAGAUACGACCGCGUCUUCCGGUACUACACCAGCAACGACUGAGUCACUCGACCUGACCACACUUUCUAUGACCGCGUCUUCCGGUACGAGUACUGUAGCCACGACCGCAUCACCCGACCUGCCGACACGUUCUACGGACUCGUCUUCCGGUACGAGUACUGUAACUGCGACCGCGUCAGCCGACCUGACGGCACCUUCUACGACCUCUCCUUCCGAUACGACUUCUUCAGCCACGACCGCGUCUUCCGGUACGACUACUCCAGGCACGACCGCUUCGCCCGACCUGAUGACACCUUCUACGAACUCGUCUUUCGAUACGACUACCCCAGAUACGACCGCGUCUUCCGGUACUACACCAGCAACGACUGAGUCACUCGACCUGACGACACCUUCUACGAACUCAUCUUUCGGUACGACUACCCCAGCAUCGACUUUGUCUCGUGACCUGACCACAGCUUCUACGACCUCGUCUUCCGGUACGAGUACUUUAGCUGCGACCGCGUCAGCAGACCCGACGACACCUUCUACGACCCCUCCUUCCGAUACGACUUCUUCAGCCACGACCGCGUCUUCCGGUACGACUACUCCAGGCACGACCGCUUCGCCCGACCUGAUGACACAUUCUACGAACUCGUCUUUCGAUACGACUACCCCAGAUACGACCGCGUCUUCCGGUACUACACCAGCAACGACUGAGUCACUCGACCUGACGACACCUUCUACGAACUCAUCUUCCGGUACGACUACCCCAGCAUCGACUUUGUCUCGUGAUCUGACCAAAGCUUCUACGACCUCGUCUUCCGGUACGAGUACUGUAGCCACGACCGCGUCAGCCGUGCUGACGACACCUUCUACGACCUCUCCUUCCGGUACGAUUUCUUCAGCCACCACCUCGUCUUCCGGUACGACUUCUUCAGGCCCAACCGCGUCUUCCGGUACAACUACUCCAGGCACGACCGCAUCACCCGACCUGAUGACACUUUUUGCGAACUCGUCUUUCGGCACGCCUACUCCAGAUACGACCGCGUCUUCCGGUACUACUCCAGCUACGAUCGUCUCAAUCGACGUGAGGACAAGCUUUACGAACUCGUCAUCCGGUGCGACUACCCCAGCAUCGACUUUGUCUCGUGACCUGACCACUGCUUCUACGACUUCGUCUUCCGGUACGAGUACUGUAGCCACGACCGCGUCAGCCGUCCUGACGACACCUUCUACGACCUCUCCUUCCGAUACGACUUCUUCAGCCACGACCGCGUCUUCCGGUACGACUACUCCAGGCACGACCGCUUCGCCCGACCUGAUGACACCUUCUACGAGCUCGUCUUUCGAUACGACUACCCCAGAUACGACCGCGUCUUCCGGUACUACACCAGCAACGACUGAGUCACUCGACCUGACCACACUUUCUAUGACCGCGUCUUCCGGUACGAGUACUGUAGCCACGACCGCAUCACCCGACCUGCCGACACGUUCUACGGACUCGUCUUCCGGUACGAGUACUGUAACUGCGACCGCGUCAGCCGACCUGACGGCACCUUCUACGACCUCUCCUUCCGAUACGACUUCUUCAGCCACGACCGCGUCUUCCGGUACGACUACUCCAGGCACGACCGCUUCGCCCGACCUGAUGACACCUUCUACGAACUCGUCUUUCGAUACGACUACCCCAGAUACGACCGCGUCUUCCGGUACUACACCAGCAACGACUGAGUCACUCGACCUGACGACACCUUCUACGAACUCAUCUUUCGGUACGACUACCCCAGCAUCGACUUUGUCUCGUGACCUGACCACAGCUUCUACGACCUCGUCUUCCGGUACGAGUACUUUAGCUGCGACCGCGUCAGCCGACCCGACGACACCUUCUACGACCCCUCCUUCCGAUAGGACUUCUUCAGCCACGACCGCGUCUUCCGGUACGACUACUCCAGGCACGACCGCUUCGCCCGACCUGAUGACACAUUCUACGAACUCGUCUUUCGAUACGACUACCCCAGAUACGACCGCGUCUUCCGGUACUACACCAGCAACGACUGAGUCACUCGACCUGACGACACCUUCUACGAACUCAUCUUCCGGUACGACUACCCCAGCAUCGACUUUGUCUCGUGAUCUGACCACAGCUUCUACGACCUCGUCUUCCGGUACGAGUACUGUAGCCACGACCGCGUCAGCCGUCCUGACGACACCUUCUACGACCUCUCCUUCCGGUACGAUUUCUUCAGCCACCACCUCGUCUUCCGGUACGACUUCUUCAGGCCCAACCGCGUCUUCCGGUACAACUACUCCAGGCACGACCGCAUCACCCGACCUGAUGACACUUUUUGCGAACUCGUCUUUCGGCACGCCUACUCCAGAUACGACCGCGUCUUCCGGUACUACUCCAGCUACGAUCGUCUCAAUCGACGUGAGGACAAGCUUUACGAACUCGUCAUCCGGUGCGACUACCCCAGCAUCGACUUUGUCUCGUGAUCUGACCACAGCUUCUACGACCUCGUCUUCCGGUACGAGUACUUUAGCUGCGACCGCGUCAGCCGACCCGACGACACCUUCUACGACCCCUCCUGCCGAUACGACUUCUUCAGCCACGACCGCGUCUUCCGGUACGACUACUCCAGGCACGACCGCUUCGCCCGACCUGAUGACACAUUCUACGAACUCGUCUUUCGAUACGACUACCCCAGAUACGACCGCGUCUUCCGGUACUACACCAGCAACGACUGAGUCACUCGACCUGACGACACCUUCUACGAACUCAUCUUCCGGUACGACUACCCCAGCAUCGACUUUGUCUCGUGAUCUGACCACAGCUUCUACGACCUCGUCUUCCGGUACGAGUACUGUAGCCACGACCGCGUCAGCCGUCCUGACGACACCUUCUACGACCUCUCCUUCCGGUACGAUUUCUUCAGCCACCACCUCGUCUUCCGGUACGACUUCUUCAGGCCCAACCGCGUCUUCCGGUACAACUACUCCAGGCACGACCGCAUCACCCGACCUGAUGACACUUUUUGCGAACUCGUCUUUCGGCACGCCUACUCCAGAUACGACCGCGUCUUCCGGUACUACUCCAGCUACGAUCGUCUCAAUCGACGUGAGGACAAGCUUUACGAACUCGUCAUCCGGUGCGACUACCCCAGCAUCGACUUUGUCUCGUGACCUGACCACUGCUUCUACGACCUCGUCUUCCGGUACGAGUACUGUAGCCACGACCGCGUCAGCCGUCCUGACGACACCUUCUACGACCUCUCCUUCCGAUACGACUUCUUCAGCCACGACCGCGUCUUCCGGUACGACUACUCCAGGCACGUCCGCUUCGCCCGACCUGAUGACACCUUCUACGAACUCGUCUUUCGAUACGACUACCCCAGAUACGACCGCGUCUUCCGGUACUACACCAGCAACGACUGAGUCACUCGACCUGACCACACGUUCUAUGACCGCGUCUUCCGGUACGAGUACUGUAGCCACGACCGCAUCACCUGACCUGCCGACACGUUCUACGAACUCGUCUUCCGGUACGAGUACUGUAGCUGCGACCACGUCAGCCGACCUGACGACACCUUCUACGACCUCUCCUUCCGAUACGACUUCUUCAGCCGCGACCGCGUCUUCCGGUACGACUACCCUAGCAUCGACUUUGUCUCGUGAUCUGACCACAGCUUCUACGACCUCGUCUUCCGGUACGAGUACUGUAGCCACGACCGCGUCUGCCGUCCUGACGGCACCUUCUACGACCUCUCCUUCCGAUACGACUUCUUCAGCCACGACCGCGUCUUCUGGUACGACUACUCCAGGCACGACCGCUUCGCCCGACCUGAUGACACCUUCUACGAACUCGUCUUUCGAUACGACUACCCCAGAUACGACCGCGUCUUCCGGUACUACACCAGCAACGACUGAGUCACUCGACCUGACGACACCUUCUACGAACUCAUCUUUCGGUACGACUACCCCAGCAUCGACUUUGUCUCGUGACCUGACCACAGCUUCUACGACCUCGUCUUCCGGUACGAGUACUUUAGCUGCGACCGCGUCAGCAGACCCGACGACACCUUCUACGACCCCUCCUUCCGAUACGACUUCUUCAGCCACGACCGCGUCUUCCGGUACGACUACUCCAGGCACGACCGCUUCGCCCGACCUGAUGACACAUUCUACGAACUCGUCUUUCGAUACGACUACCCCAGAUACGACCGCGUCUUCCGGUACUACACCAGCAACGACUGAGUCACUCGACCUGACGACACCUUCUACGAACUCAUCUUCCGGUACGACUACCCCAGCAUCGACUUUGUCUCGUGAUCUGACCAAAGCUUCUACGACCUCGUCUUCCGGUACGAGUACUGUAGCCACGACCGCGUCAGCCGUGCUGACGACACCUUCUACGACCUCUCCUUCCGGUACGAUUUCUUCAGCCACCACCUCGUCUUCCGGUACGACUUCUUCAGGCCCAACCGCGUCUUCCGGUACAACUACUCCAGGCACGACCGCAUCACCCGACCUGAUGACACUUUUUGCGAACUCGUCUUUCGGCACGCCUACUCCAGAUACGACCGCGUCUUCCGGUACUACUCCAGCUACGAUCGUCUCAAUCGACGUGAGGACAAGCUUUACGAACUCGUCAUCCGGUGCGACUACCCCAGCAUCGACUUUGUCUCGUGACCUGACCACUGCUUCUACGACUUCGUCUUCCGGUACGAGUACUGUAGCCACGACCGCGUCAGCCGUCCUGACGACACCUUCUACGACCUCUCCUUCCGAUACGACUUCUUCAGCCACGACCGCGUCUUCCGGUACGACUACUCCAGGCACGACCGCUUCGCCCGACCUGAUGACACCUUCUACGAGCUCGUCUUUCGAUACGACUACCCCAGAUACGACCGCGUCUUCCGGUACUACACCAGCAACGACUGAGUCACUCGACCUGACCACACUUUCUAUGACCGCGUCUUCCGGUACGAGUACUGUAGCCACGACCGCAUCACCCGACCUGCCGACACGUUCUACGGACUCGUCUUCCGGUACGAGUACUGUAACUGCGACCGCGUCAGCCGACCUGACGGCACCUUCUACGACCUCUCCUUCCGAUACGACUUCUUCAGCCACGACCGCGUCUUCCGGUACGACUACUCCAGGCACGACCGCUUCGCCCGACCUGAUGACACCUUCUACGAACUCGUCUUUCGAUACGACUACCCCAGAUACGACCGCGUCUUCCGGUACUACACCAGCAACGACUGAGUCACUCGACCUGACGACACCUUCUACGAACUCAUCUUUCGGUACGACUACCCCAGCAUCGACUUUGUCUCGUGACCUGACCACAGCUUCUACGACCUCGUCUUCCGGUACGAGUACUGUAGCCACGACCGCGUCUGCCGUCCUGACGGCACCUUCUACGACCUCUCCUUCCGAUACGACUUCUUCAGCCACGACCGCGUCUUCCGGUACGACUACUCCAGGCACGACCGCUUCGCCCGACCUGAUGACACCUUCUACGAACUCGUCUUUCGAUACGACUACCCCAGAUACGACCGCGUCUUUCGGUACUACACCAGCAUCGACUGAGUCACUCGACCUGACGACACCUUCUACGAACUCAUCUUCCGGUACGACUACCCCAGCAUCGACUUUGUCUCGUGAUCUGACCACAGCUUCUACGACCUCGUCUUCCGGUACGAGUACUGUAGCCACGACCGCGUCAGCCGUCCUGACGACACCUUCUACGACCUCUCCUUCCGGUACGAUUUCUUCAACCACCACCUCGUCUUCCGGUACGACUUCUUCAGGCCCAACCGCGUCUUCCGGUACAACUACUCCAGGCACGACCGCAUCACCCGACCUGAUGACACUUUUUGCGAACUCGUCUUUCGGCACGCCUACUCCAGAUACGACCGCGUCUUCCGGUACUACUCCAGCUACGAUCGUAUCAAUCGACGUGAGGACAAGCUUUACGAACUCGUCAUCCGGUGCGACUACCCCAGCAUCGACUUUGUCUCGUGAUCUGACCACAGCUUCUACGACCUCGUCUUCCGGUACGAGUACUUUAGCUGCGACCGCGUCAGCAGACCCGACGACACCUUCUACGACCCCUCCUUCCGAUACGACUUCUUCAGCCACGACCGCGUCUUCCGGUACGACUACUCCAGGCACGACCGCUUCGCCCGACCUGAUGACACCUUCUACGAGCUCGUCUUUCGAUACGACUACCCCAGAUACGACCGCGUCUUCCGGUACUACACCAGCAACGACUGAGUCACUCGACCUGACCACACUUUCUAUGACCGCGUCUUCCGGUACGAGUACUGUAGCCACGACCGCAUCACCCGACCUGCCGACACGUUCUACGGACUCGUCUUCCGGUACGAGUACUGUAACUGCGACCGCGUCAGCCGACCUGACGGCACCUUCUACGACCUCUCCUUCCGAUACGACUUCUUCAGCCACGACCGCGUCUUCCGGUACGACUACUCCAGGCACGACCGCUUCGCCCGACCUGAUGACACCUUCUACGAACUCGUCUUUCGAUACGACUACCCCAGAUACGACCGCGUCUUCCGGUACUACACCAGCAACGACUGAGUCACUCGACCUGACGACACCUUCUACGAACUCAUCUUUCGGUACGACUACCCCAGCAUCGACUUUGUCUCGUGACCUGACCACAGCUUCUACGACCUCGUCUUCCGGUACGAGUACUUUAGCUGCGACCGCGUCAGCAGACCCGACGACACCUUCUACGACCCCUCCUUCCGAUACGACUUCUUCAGCCACGACCGCGUCUUCCGGUACGACUACUCCAGGCACGACCGCUUCGCCCGACCUGAUGACACAUUCUACGAACUCGUCUUUCGAUACGACUACCCCAGAUACGACCGCGUCUUCCGGUACUACACCAGCAACGACUGAGUCACUCGACCUGACGACACCUUCUACGAACUCAUCUUCCGGUACGACUACCCCAGCAUCGACUUUGUCUCGUGAUCUGACCAAAGCUUCUACGACCUCGUCUUCCGGUACGAGUACUGUAGCCACGACCGCGUCAGCCGUGCUGACGACACCUUCUACGACCUCUCCUUCCGGUACGAUUUCUUCAGCCACCACCUCGUCUUCCGGUACGACUUCUUCAGGCCCAACCGCGUCUUCCGGUACAACUACUCCAGGCACGACCGCAUCACCCGACCUGAUGACACUUUUUGCGAACUCGUCUUUCGGCACGCCUACUCCAGAUACGACCGCGUCUUCCGGUACUACUCCAGCUACGAUCGUCUCAAUCGACGUGAGGACAAGCUUUACGAACUCGUCAUCCGGUGCGACUACCCCAGCAUCGACUUUGUCUCGUGACCUGACCACUGCUUCUACGACUUCGUCUUCCGGUACGAGUACUGUAGCCACGACCGCGUCAGCCGUCCUGACGACACCUUCUACGACCUCUCCUUCCGAUACGACUUCUUCAGCCACGACCGCGUCUUCCGGUACGACUACUCCAGGCACGACCGCUUCGCCCGACCUGAUGACACCUUCUACGAGCUCGUCUUUCGAUACGACUACCCCAGAUACGACCGCGUCUUCCGGUACUACACCAGCAACGACUGAGUCACUCGACCUGACCACACUUUCUAUGACCGCGUCUUCCGGUACGAGUACUGUAGCCACGACCGCAUCACCCGACCUGCCGACACGUUCUACGGACUCGUCUUCCGGUACGAGUACUGUAACUGCGACCGCGUCAGCCGACCUGACGGCACCUUCUACGACCUCUCCUUCCGAUACGACUUCUUCAGCCACGACCGCGUCUUCCGGUACGACUACUCCAGGCACGACCGCUUCGCCCGACCUGAUGACACCUUCUACGAACUCGUCUUUCGAUACGACUACCCCAGAUACGACCGCGUCUUCCGGUACUACACCAGCAACGACUGAGUCACUCGACCUGACGACACCUUCUACGAACUCAUCUUUCGGUACGACUACCCCAGCAUCGACUUUGUCUCGUGACCUGACCACAGCUUCUACGACCUCGUCUUCCGGUACGAGUACUUUAGCUGCGACCGCGUCAGCCGACCCGACGACACCUUCUACGACCCCUCCUUCCGAUAGGACUUCUUCAGCCACGACCGCGUCUUCCGGUACGACUACUCCAGGCACGACCGCUUCGCCCGACCUGAUGACACAUUCUACGAACUCGUCUUUCGAUACGACUACCCCAGAUACGACCGCGUCUUCCGGUACUACACCAGCAACGACUGAGUCACUCGACCUGACGACACCUUCUACGAACUCAUCUUCCGGUACGACUACCCCAGCAUCGACUUUGUCUCGUGAUCUGACCACAGCUUCUACGACCUCGUCUUCCGGUACGAGUACUGUAGCCACGACCGCGUCAGCCGUCCUGACGACACCUUCUACGACCUCUCCUUCCGGUACGAUUUCUUCAGCCACCACCUCGUCUUCCGGUACGACUUCUUCAGGCCCAACCGCGUCUUCCGGUACAACUACUCCAGGCACGACCGCAUCACCCGACCUGAUGACACUUUUUGCGAACUCGUCUUUCGGCACGCCUACUCCAGAUACGACCGCGUCUUCCGGUACUACUCCAGCUACGAUCGUCUCAAUCGACGUGAGGACAAGCUUUACGAACUCGUCAUCCGGUGCGACUACCCCAGCAUCGACUUUGUCUCGUGAUCUGACCACAGCUUCUACGACCUCGUCUUCCGGUACGAGUACUUUAGCUGCGACCGCGUCAGCCGACCCGACGACACCUUCUACGACCCCUCCUGCCGAUACGACUUCUUCAGCCACGACCGCGUCUUCCGGUACGACUACUCCAGGCACGACCGCUUCGCCCGACCUGAUGACACAUUCUACGAACUCGUCUUUCGAUACGACUACCCCAGAUACGACCGCGUCUUCCGGUACUACACCAGCAACGACUGAGUCACUCGACCUGACGACACCUUCUACGAACUCAUCUUCCGGUACGACUACCCCAGCAUCGACUUUGUCUCGUGAUCUGACCACAGCUUCUACGACCUCGUCUUCCGGUACGAGUACUGUAGCCACGACCGCGUCAGCCGUCCUGACGACACCUUCUACGACCUCUCCUUCCGGUACGAUUUCUUCAGCCACCACCUCGUCUUCCGGUACGACUUCUUCAGGCCCAACCGCGUCUUCCGGUACAACUACUCCAGGCACGACCGCAUCACCCGACCUGAUGACACUUUUUGCGAACUCGUCUUUCGGCACGCCUACUCCAGAUACGACCGCGUCUUCCGGUACUACUCCAGCUACGAUCGUCUCAAUCGACGUGAGGACAAGCUUUACGAACUCGUCAUCCGGUGCGACUACCCCAGCAUCGACUUUGUCUCGUGACCUGACCACUGCUUCUACGACCUCGUCUUCCGGUACGAGUACUGUAGCCACGACCGCGUCAGCCGUCCUGACGACACCUUCUACGACCUCUCCUUCCGAUACGACUUCUUCAGCCACGACCGCGUCUUCCGGUACGACUACUCCAGGCACGUCCGCUUCGCCCGACCUGAUGACACCUUCUACGAACUCGUCUUUCGAUACGACUACCCCAGAUACGACCGCGUCUUCCGGUACUACACCAGCAACGACUGAGUCACUCGACCUGACCACACGUUCUAUGACCGCGUCUUCCGGUACGAGUACUGUAGCCACGACCGCAUCACCUGACCUGCCGACACGUUCUACGAACUCGUCUUCCGGUACGAGUACUGUAGCUGCGACCACGUCAGCCGACCUGACGACACCUUCUACGACCUCUCCUUCCGAUACGACUUCUUCAGCCGCGACCGCGUCUUCCGGUACGACUACCCUAGCAUCGACUUUGUCUCGUGAUCUGACCACAGCUUCUACGACCUCGUCUUCCGGUACGAGUACUGUAGCCACGACCGCGUCUGCCGUCCUGACGGCACCUUCUACGACCUCUCCUUCCGAUACGACUUCUUCAGCCACGACCGCGUCUUCUGGUACGACUACUCCAGGCACGACCGCUUCGCCCGACCUGAUGACACCUUCUACGAACUCGUCUUUCGAUACGACUACCCCAGAUACGACCGCGUCUUCCGGUACUACACCAGCAACGACUGAGUCACUCGACCUGACGACACCUUCUACGAACUCAUCUUUCGGUACGACUACCCCAGCAUCGACUUUGUCUCGUGACCUGACCACAGCUUCUACGACCUCGUCUUCCGGUACGAGUACUUUAGCUGCGACCGCGUCAGCAGACCCGACGACACCUUCUACGACCCCUCCUUCCGAUACGACUUCUUCAGCCACGACCGCGUCUUCCGGUACGACUACUCCAGGCACGACCGCUUCGCCCGACCUGAUGACACAUUCUACGAACUCGUCUUUCGAUACGACUACCCCAGAUACGACCGCGUCUUCCGGUACUACACCAGCAACGACUGAGUCACUCGACCUGACGACACCUUCUACGAACUCAUCUUCCGGUACGACUACCCCAGCAUCGACUUUGUCUCGUGAUCUGACCAAAGCUUCUACGACCUCGUCUUCCGGUACGAGUACUGUAGCCACGACCGCGUCAGCCGUGCUGACGACACCUUCUACGACCUCUCCUUCCGGUACGAUUUCUUCAGCCACCACCUCGUCUUCCGGUACGACUUCUUCAGGCCCAACCGCGUCUUCCGGUACAACUACUCCAGGCACGACCGCAUCACCCGACCUGAUGACACUUUUUGCGAACUCGUCUUUCGGCACGCCUACUCCAGAUACGACCGCGUCUUCCGGUACUACUCCAGCUACGAUCGUCUCAAUCGACGUGAGGACAAGCUUUACGAACUCGUCAUCCGGUGCGACUACCCCAGCAUCGACUUUGUCUCGUGACCUGACCACUGCUUCUACGACUUCGUCUUCCGGUACGAGUACUGUAGCCACGACCGCGUCAGCCGUCCUGACGACACCUUCUACGACCUCUCCUUCCGAUACGACUUCUUCAGCCACGACCGCGUCUUCCGGUACGACUACUCCAGGCACGACCGCUUCGCCCGACCUGAUGACACCUUCUACGAGCUCGUCUUUCGAUACGACUACCCCAGAUACGACCGCGUCUUCCGGUACUACACCAGCAACGACUGAGUCACUCGACCUGACCACACUUUCUAUGACCGCGUCUUCCGGUACGAGUACUGUAGCCACGACCGCAUCACCCGACCUGCCGACACGUUCUACGGACUCGUCUUCCGGUACGAGUACUGUAACUGCGACCGCGUCAGCCGACCUGACGGCACCUUCUACGACCUCUCCUUCCGAUACGACUUCUUCAGCCACGACCGCGUCUUCCGGUACGACUACUCCAGGCACGACCGCUUCGCCCGACCUGAUGACACCUUCUACGAACUCGUCUUUCGAUACGACUACCCCAGAUACGACCGCGUCUUCCGGUACUACACCAGCAACGACUGAGUCACUCGACCUGACGACACCUUCUACGAACUCAUCUUUCGGUACGACUACCCCAGCAUCGACUUUGUCUCGUGACCUGACCACAGCUUCUACGACCUCGUCUUCCGGUACGAGUACUGUAGCCACGACCGCGUCAGCCGUCCUGACGACACCUUCUACGACCUCUCCUUCCGGUACGAUUUCUUCAACCACCACCUCGUCUUCCGGUACGACUUCUUCAGGCCCAACCGCGUCUUCCGGUACAACUACUCCAGGCACGACCGCAUCACCCGACCUGAUGACACUUUUUGCGAACUCGUCUUCCGGCACGCCUACUCCAGAUACGACCGCGUCUUCCGGUACUACUCCAGCUACGAUCGUCUCAAUCGACGUGAGGACAAGCUUUACGAACUCGUCAUCCGGUGCGACUACCCCAGCAUCGACUUUGUCUCGUGACCUGACCACUGCUUCUACGACCUCGUCUUCCGGUACGAGUACUGUAGCCACGACCGCGUCAGCCGUCCUGACGACACCUUCUACGACCUCUCCUUCCGAUACGACUUCUUCAGCCACGACCGCGUCUUCCGGUACGACUACUCCAGGCACGUCCGCUUCGCCCGACCUGAUGACACCUUCUACGAACUCGUCUUUCGAUACGACUACCCCAGAUACGACCGCGUCUUCCGGUACUACACCAGCAACGACUGAGUCACUCGACCUGACCACACGUUCUAUGACCGCGUCUUCCGGUACGAGUACUGUAGCCACGACCGCAUCACCUGACCUGCCGACACGUUCUACGAACUCGUCUUCCGGUACGAGUACUGUAGCUGCGACCGCGUCAGCCGACCUGACGACACCUUCUACGACCUCUCCUUCCGAUACGACUUCUUCAGCCGCGACCGCGUCUUCCGGUACGACUACCCCAGCAUCGACUUUGUCUCGUGAUCUGACCACAGCUUCUACGACCUCGUCUUCCGGUACGAGUACUGUAGCCACGACCGCGUCUGCCGUCCUGACGGCACCUUCUACGACCUCUCCUUCCGAUACGACUUCUUCAGCCACGACCGCGUCUUCCGGUACGACUACUCCAGGCACGACCGCUUCGCCCGACCUGAUGACACCUUCUACGAACUCGUCUUUCGAUACGACUACCCCAGAUACGACCGCGUCUUCCGGUACUACACCAGCAACGACUGAGUCACUCGACCUGACGACACCUUCUACGAACUCAUCUUUCGGUACGACUACCCCAGCAUCGACUUUGUCUCGUGACCUGACCACAGCUUCUACGACCUCGUCUUCCGGUACGAGUACUUUAGCUGCGACCGCGUCAGCAGACCCGACGACACCUUCUACGACCCCUCCUUCCGAUACGACUUCUUCAGCCACGACCGCGUCUUCCGGUACGACUACUCCAGGCACGACUGCUUCGCCCGACCUGAUGACACCUUCUACGAACUCGUCUUUCGAUACGACUACCCCAGAUACGACCGCGUCUUCCGGUACUACACCAGCAACGACUGAGUCACUCGACCUGACGACACCUUCUACGAACUCAUCUUUCGGUACGACUACCCCAGCAUCGACUUUGUCUCGUGACCUGACCACAGCUUCUACGACCUCGUCUUCCGGUACGAGUACUGUAGCCACGACCGCGUCAGCCGUCCUGACGACACCUUCUACGACCUCUCCUUCCGGUACGAUUUCUUCAACCACCACCUCGUCUUCCGGUACGACUUCUUCAGGCCCAACCGCGUCUUCCGGUACAACUACUCCAGGCACGACCGCAUCACCCGACCUGAUGACACUUUUUGCGAACUCGUCUUCCGGCACGCCUACUCCAGAUACGACCGCGUCUUCCGGUACUACUCCAGCUACGAUCGUCUCAAUCGACGUGAGGACAAGCUUUACGAACUCGUCAUCCGGUGCGACUACCCCAGCAUCGACUUUGUCUCGUGACCUGACCACUGCUUCUACGACCUCGUCUUCCGGUACGAGUACUGUAGCCACGACCGCGUCAGCCGUCCUGACGACACCUUCUACGACCUCUCCUUCCGAUACGACUUCUUCAGCCACGACCGCGUCUUCCGGUACGAGUACUCCAGGCACGACCGCUUCGCCCGACCUGAUGACACCUUCUACGAACUCGUCUUUCGAUACGACUACCCCAGAUACGACCGCGUCUUCCGGUACUACACCAGCAACGACUGAGUCACUCGACCUGACCACACCUUCUAUGACCGCGUCUUCCGGUACGAGUACUGUAGCCACGACCGCAUCACCUGACCUGCCGACACGUUCUACGAACUCGUCUUCCGGUACGAGUACUGUAGCUGCGACCGCGUCAGCCGACCUGACGACACCUUCUACGACCUCUCCUUCCGAUACGACUUCUUCAGCCACGACCGCGUCUUCCGGUACCACUACUCCAGGCACGACCGCUUCGCCCGACCUGAUGACACCUUCUACGAACUCGUCUUUCGAUACGACUACCCCAGAUACGACCGCGUCUUCCGGUACUACACCAGCAACGACUGAGUCACUCGACCUGACGACACCUUCUACGAACUCAUCUUUCGGUACGACUACCCCAGCAUCGACUUUGUCUCGUGACCUGACCACAGCUUCUACGACCUCGUCUUCCGGUACGAGUACUUUAGCUGCGACCGCGUCAGCCGACCCGACGACACCUUCUACGACCCCUCCUUCCGAUACGAUUUCUUCAGCCACGACCUCGUCUUCCGGUACGACUUCUUCAGGCCCAACCGCGUCUUCCGGUACGACUAUUCCAGGCACGACCGCAUCACCCGACCUGAUUACACUUUUUGCGAACUCGUCUUUCGGCACGCCUACUCCAGAUACGACCGCGUCUUCCGGUACUACUCCAGCCACGACCGCGACACCCGACCUAACGACACCUUCUACGACCCCGCCGUCGGCUACGACUACUUCAGCCACGACCGCGGUACCAGGUAUGACUCCGCCUCCAGGUUCUCCAACGUCAGCCACGACUGUGUCCACGAAGCUUCCGUUUUCAACAGCUCACAGUGAAUCAUCGACUCUAAUUGUAGCGGCAGGCGUCUAAGCAUUAUAAAGACUGCCAUGCUCCCACUUCAUAUAGUAUUUUAAGAUGCCUAUAGUUGUGUAUCUAUAUUACCUUCUACCCUCAUCAAAUCGUACUUUGUAAUUAUCCCUUCAAGUUUCUUAUAUGCAUUUGUACAUCCAAGCGUAUGUCAUGCUAUCAUCUAUGUAUUACUUUAUAUUUCCAAGUUCUUUUUUCUUGUAUGAAGUCCAACUUUUGUUGGCAAUGUUUGAUAUAAAGCCUAGUAAGGUACAAGUGCCUUCGAGAUAAUAAA